AUGAUGACUACACCAACAGCUGAGUUUGCCCCGUCGAGUCGAGUCGGUUCGUACGAGCCUCUGCACGAGUCGCUGCACCAGCUCAGCAUGUGGGAGGAUGCCUUUGAUGGCAGCAUAAGCCCGGGUGCAGGCGGGUGCAUGAUCAUCGAAUCCGAACCUAAGCUAGACGAUAAGAUCGAGUACUUGUCCGACAAAUCAGCUGACCAUGUCGAAGAUAAUCAUGCGUCGAGGAGUAUUUCAGAGAAGAUACAAAGACGGUUAGCGCAAAACCGUGAAGCUGCUAGGAAAAGUCGGUUGCGAAAGAAGGCGUAUGUCCAGCAGCUAGAGACGAGCCGUAUGAAGCUGGCACAACUCGAGACAGAGCUUGAGAGAGCUAGACAACAGGCAAAAAAACAUUUAUUUUCUUUGCAUUUUUUCGUAUUCUUCUUACAAGCGCGAAUUGCUGCAUUCGAGAUAGCAUACGUGCAGUGGAUAGAAGAAGAAGACCGGAAAAUAUUGAAUCUCCGAAAUGCCCUCCAGUCCCCUAUGAGUGAUGCUGAGCUACGCAUGACAGUCAAUAACGUGUUGGACCACUACCGCAAUUUGUUCCACAUGAAAAAAGAUGCCGCGAGAGCCGAUGCUUUCUACUUAGUGUCCGGCAUCUGUUUCCCGCCGGAGAUGGCCGUGAAGUCCGCCGACGCUUCCUGCUCGUGCGCGCUGCAGAAGGAGAAGGAGGUCCUGGCCAACCUGGGAGCGAGCCCCUACGUGAUCUACUGUUUCGGAGAUGAGACGACUCGGGGCGACAACGGCUCCAUCGCUUACAAUCUGCUGCUCGAGUACGCUUCCGGCGGAACCCUAGCCGACAGAAUCGCCAAAUCGGGCGGCGGAGGGCUGCCGGAAGUCGAGGUGAAGAUGCACGCGCGGUCUAUUCUCAGAGGUUUGUGCCACGUUCACGAUGCUGGUUACGUUCAUUGCGAUCUAAAGCCUGACAACAUUUUACUGGUGCCAAGAGACGCCGGAGGAAGCGGGAUUGAUGGUGCCCGAUUCACAGCGAAAAUCGGGGGUUUCGGCCUGGCAAAGAGGGGUGAAGAGCACUCGAGGAAGAAGAGGAAAUUAGGCGGGCCCGACUCCGACUGCUGGAGGGGCAGCACGCCCAUGUAUUUGUCCCCCGACAGCGUGCAGGAAGCGCCUUCUGAUGUUUGGGCAGUCGGGUGCAUCGUGCUCGAGAUGCUGACCGGAAAGCAGCCGUGGGAAGGGAAGAAAGAGGAAAUUCUUGAGAAGUUAGGGACAGGACAGGAAAUUCCAGAAAUCCCGGAGGGGAUAUCGAGGGAGGCUAAGGACUUUAUCAAGCGUUGUCUCGUGAGGAAGCCAACGUUCAGGUUCACGUGUGGAAUGCUGCUGAAUCACACAUUUGUUGAUGGCUUUGAAGAUGAGGUUGAGGAAUUAGAGGAUCCUCUAGAGGACUCGUUUUGUUUGUCGCCUGCUGAAGAAAAUGAUUCGGAAGAGGUAGCCAGUCACUAUUCUGACCACUCGGACGAUGCUGUGGCCGAAGAUAUUCAUGUGCGACGUGGUUAUGAGAUGCAACAUUGUCCCUUUGGUCUCACUAUCCCUACAGGGGUCUGA